AUGGCACCGUAUAACUCUCUCACAUUCACCGCCCGCCGGAGCGAAGCCGUGCUCCUGGCGCCGGCAAAGCCGACGCCUUACGAGCUCAAGCCGCUCUCCGACAUCGACGACCAACGCGGCCUGCGGUUCUACCGCUCCGGCAUCCUCUUCUGCCGCAUCAACCCUGCCCAUUCCGAUCUCGACCCGGCCGCCAUCACAAAGCGGGCCCUCGCCGAGGCCCUCGUCUACUACUACCCCCUCGCGGGCCGGCUCCGUGCCGGCCCAGGCGAUAAGCUAAUCGUCGAGUGCACCGGCGAGGGCGCCGUCUUCGUGGAGGCCAACGCCGACGUCCGGCUCGACGACUUUGGCCCCGCGCUGAGCCCGCCGAUCCCGUGUAGCGACCAACUACUCUGCGAGCCUGAGAGCACCUCUAGCGACGUCGUCGAUCGGCCCUUGGUCUACUUUCAG